AUGGACUGUCGGGAACAACAGGAGCAGGAGUUGGAGAUAUUAGAAGCAGCGUACCCUGAUGAGUUGAAUGUCAUAAACCGAGAAUAUCCUAAUAUCAAUGUUUCUAUAAAUAUUCCGUCCGUUCCGGUGAGUGAUUUGAUUGUCUUUUUAUAAAAGCUAUCUUUAGAAAUGGGAGAACCCGGAGGCAGACUUUUACUUGGAUUUGGACGUAAAACUACCGGCUGAAUAUCCAGAAGUUGGUCCAGAGUUUGAAUUAUCUGGUUUUCCAAUGGAUUUUCCUUUAAAAUGUAUCGAGGAAGUGUAUAAGAACAUGAGGACGUCAGCUGAAUCAAUGUUGGGUUUUCAAGUGAUCAUUACUCUCAUUUCAGAGGUUCAGGUAAGUAUUCGGAUUUUUUUGUUCAGUUGCUCGAUUUCUAAACAAAGUUAUGUUAAACAAGUUUGUUAUUUUAGAAUGCCAUUCCCACAAUACUAAAACGUUUGGAAAAGGAGAAGGACGAGGAAGAAACAAGGAUACGAGACGAAAAAGAGGCUGCAGAGCAAAGGAAAUUUGAAGGUAAGCUUUUGUAAUUUUCAUUUUAUGCUUUUAGGAAACCGGGUAACACAAGAAUCCUUUAACAAGUGGAGGAUAGCCUUUGAGAAAGAGUUCUUGGCCGCUGAAAUAGCUGCUAAGAAGGAGAAGGAAGCCGCUUUAGCAGGAAAGUUGACUGGGAAACAGCAGUUUUUGAGAGAUGCCACAUUGAGUAUAUCCGAUCUCGGUAUGUUAGAGGACGAAAAGCCCGGAGAGAACGUCGAAAUCGACCAGUCGUUGUUUGAGGAGGAACUUAGCGAUCUAGAAAUAAGCGACGAGGAAGAAGAUGAAUAA